AUGGUCGAGAUCAUGAAGCCGGAGGGUCAAUCGGCGCCAUCGUCAACCCCGUGGCUGCGAAUACGAAGUUUCAAGAUGCUUUGGAUCCGCAACCGCGAACGAUCACCAAAAAUAGAACCUGAUGUCGAGGCCCAGAUUUCCUCUUCACACUCCGGCCACCUCCGGUCACCUCCGGCUCAACACUAUGCGCCGAGCCCCCGAGUCCCCACGACCGCCGUCGUCAUCCGCGGCGCGUCCGUCAAUAUCGUCCUCAAAGCCGACCAGCCCACAGGCCGAACCGUCUCGGGCGUCGUGCAGGACAUCCUCACCCGUGGCAACCAUCCGCGAGGCAUCAAGGUCCGCCUCACCGAUGGCCGGGUUGGGAGGGUACAGUCCUUAGCCGGGAGCGCAACCAGUGCCGCCAGGGACGACGACAACCGGCACGACCAGCAGGACCUCCAGGAUCAGCAGCCACGUGACCAAACCGGCGACGACACUCGCGCUCUUGACCAAGACCAAAGUCGAUGGGCGGGACGCGACGGUCGGGGAAGAGGACCGAGGCCGCGAUAUCGCGAUGUUCGUGAGCAGCACGAAGCGCUUGAACCCCCGCCUCAGACAUUCGGACUGGAUGCGUACAUUCGGCCCGCCAAGACGAAGAAGGGACGGGGUGGCGACGCGCAUCGGGAUGGCUGCACCGUCCCUGGAGAUAACACUACUGCAUCUGCUGUUUCUGCUGCUGCAUCUGCCCAGUCUCUGGCGACCAACGAAGCGACGGCCACUUGUCCCGUAUGCGGCGUCUUCGAAGGCGAUGCCGCGGCCGUUGAACACCAUACCAUGGGCAUUCUCCCUACAAGAGGUGGCUACACUGGGGGGACCUUGUCGGCAAUGCUCCGUCUCCCCUCGUUGGAGAACGUGAGCGACGCCUCACGGCCCAGUCACCCUCCCUCCUCAGGGGCAUAUGCGAGAUCUCUACGUCCAUAA